AGCUACUCCCCUUAUAUUAUCUCGCAGUCUCCUAUCAAUUCCCCUCAAUUGACUCAUCUUAUCCUCCACCAUCCUCAAAGCGGGGCACACCCCUUUUGCUCUGCUCUCAAUUGCAUUAUCUCUUUUCUCCCCCCAAUGGCUGCUAACGGUCAUUCUUCCGAAGGCGAUCACCGCCUGUUGAUCGUCUCUAAUCGUCUACCUAUCACCAUUCGUCGCUCCGGGGGUGGGAAAUAUGAGUUUUCCAUGUCCUCUGGUGGCCUGGUGACUGGUUUGAGCGGACUAUCAAAGACCACGACCUUCCAGUGGUAUGGCUGGCCAGGACUGGAAGUACCAGAAGAUGAGGUCGAUUCCGUGAAACAGCGAUUGCAGGAAGAGUUCAACGCCACUCCCGUGUUCAUGGACGACAAAUUGGCAGAUCGCCACUACAAUGGCUUCUCAAACUCAAUCUUGUGGCCUCUCUUGCAUUACCAUCCCGGUGAAAUUGUUUUCGACGAAGCUGCCUGGGAUGCGUAUCGUGAGGCGAACCGUUUGUUCGCGAAGACUAUCGCCCAUGAGGCCCGGGAAGGGGACCUUGUCUGGGUCCACGACUACCACCUCAUGCUUCUUCCGGAGGUUCUCCGCGAAGAACUUGCAGCCUUGGGCAAGAACAAUAUCCGCAUUGGAUUCUUCUUGCAUACUCCGUUCCCGAGCAGUGAGAUCUAUAGAAUCCUGCCCGUGCGGAGUCAGUUGCUGCGCGGCGUGUUGCAGUGUGACUUGAUCGGGUUCCAUACCUAUGACUAUGCGCGUCACUUCCUGAGCUGUUGCUCCCAUAUCCUUGGAUUGGUCACGACCCCCAGCAGUGUCAAAUUCAAGGACAGAUCUGUUGCCGUGGGAGCUUUCCCCAUCGGCAUUGACCCCGACAAGUUCACCGAAGGCCUAAAGAGCCCCAAGGUGCAGAACCGCAUCGCGAGCCUUGAGAACAAGUUCCAAGGCACCAAGUUGAUGGUCAGCGUUGAUCGCCUUGACUACAUCAAGGGUAUUCCCCAGAAGCUGCACGCCUUGGAGGUCUUCCUCUCCCAGCAUCCCGAAUGGGUGGGCAAAGUCGUGCUGGUACAGGUAGCUGUCCCGAGUCGGCAAGAUGUUGAAGAGUACCAGAACCUGAGGGCCGUGGUGAACGAGCUGGUGGGCAGAAUCAACGGAAAGUUCGGAACGGUCGACUACAUGCCCAUCCACUUCAUGCACAAAUCGGUGAGCUUUGAUGAGCUCAUCGCGCUGUAUGCCGCCUCCGACGCGUGUGUCGUGUCGUCGACUCGCGACGGGAUGAACCUAGUGUCGUUCGAAUACGUUGCAACCCAGCAGAAACGCAAGGGGGUGCUAAUUCUGUCGGAGUUUGCUGGAGCCGCGCAAAGUCUUAACGGCAGCAUUGUCGUCAACCCAUGGAACACGGAAGAACUUGCCAAUGCAUACCACGAGGCCGUGUCGAUGAGUGACGAUCUGCGGGCCCAAAAAUUCGAAAAGCUCUACAAAUACAUCUCCAAGUACACCAGUGCUUUCUGGGGCAAGUCAUUCGUUGCCGAACUAUCCAAGUGUUCAACCUGAUUGCUGUUAUGGACUGCAGCGGU